GAGCGCGCGAGGCUCAGGGGCGGCGCGGGGCGUGGCCUCGUCCGAGUGGGCGCUGCGGGUUUCUGCCGAGCGUCACUGUGCUCGCCGGCCCGAGGUCGCCUCAGCAGCCAUGGCGAAAGGCAGAGCCGCCGAGCGGUCGCCGACCCGCACACUCCACGCGAGCCCCGCGAGGGACGGGACGGCGGGGACGCGGGGGCGCGCGGCGCCGGGCAGCGGAGCCCACCUGCAGGAAAAAGCCUGGGCAGAAGCUGGGUCAGCAAGGAUGUCGCUGCUUAUAUUGGUGUCCAUUUUCCUGUCUGCAGCUUUUGUUAUGUUUUUGGUAUAUAAAAAUUUUCCUCAGCUUAGUGAAGAAGAAAGACUGACUAUGAAGGUUCCCAGAGAUAUGGAUGAUGCCAAGGCUCUAGGAAAAGUUUUAUCCAAAUAUAAGGACACCUUUUAUGUACAAGUACUUGUCGCUUAUUUUGCUACAUAUAUUUUCUUGCAAACAUUUGCUAUUCCAGGCUCUAUAUUUCUCAGCAUCCUCUCAGGGUUCCUGUAUCCCUUUCCGCUAGCCUUGUUUCUUGUUUGUUUGUGUUCUGGACUUGGUGCCUCAUUCUGCUAUAUGCUCUCCUAUUUAGUUGGACGACCAGUUGUAUACAAAUACCUAACAGAGAAAGCAGUAAAAUGGUCACAGCAGGUUGAACGUCAUAGAGAACAUCUCAUUAACUACAUUAUAUUUUUGAGAAUAACACCAUUUCUGCCUAAUUGGUUUAUUAAUAUUACAUCUCCAGUGAUAAAUGUGCCAUUGAAAGUUUUUUUUAUCGGCACUUUUCUAGGUGUUGCACCGCCCUCUUUUGUAGCAAUUAAGGCAGGAACAACAUUGUACCAGCUGACGACAGCAGGGGAGGCUGUUUCCUGGAACUCAGUAUUUAUUCUGAUGGUUCUGGCUGUUCUUUCUAUUCUUCCAGCCAUUUUUCAAAAAAAGCUAAAGCAGAAAUUUGAGUGAAAAAUUACCUGGGUUUUAAAUAUCCUCUCAUCAUCAUCCUAACCCUCAUCCUCAUCUCAGGAUUAGCAGAUUUGUCCAUUUAUGGUUUUUCUCUUUUUUUCUUUUUUGCAGUGGUGGGGAUCAAACCUAGGGCCUUGCGCCUGCUAGGCAAGUUUUCUACCACUGAGCUGCUUGCCCAGCCUCUUUGUGUUUCUAAAUCACCUCUUCAGUAAUUGAAACAAAGAACUUGUGAAUAAAAUUUCUCAUCAGUUAAAGUGAUACAUUGAAGUGCAGGGGGAGAAGAAAGUAAAAUGGAAAUUCACAUACUAUGAAACGUGCUGCCACCCGUAGUUCCCAUAGACCUGUUACUGUACCACUGGGAGCGAGAGGCAGAAAACCCACGUGGUGUAUGAAAUUCUUGGUCCAACUGAUACUUUGAAUUCAAUAUUUUUCUCUUGUAUCUAAUAAGUGCAAUAGAAAGUGGUACAGUUCUUACUAAUGUUAGCCUUUCAGAGCAUAUAAGUGGGUUAACUAAAGCUUAAACAAAAUUUAUAUUUUCAUUCUCUUUUCGCUUUGAAGUAAUAAGUUUGUUCAGAGGUUGCAUCUUCAUAGACCACCAUAUAUUGAAAGGGUAUCAAGUUACCUAUUUGUAAGCUUUAUUUCUUGUCUUAAAUUUUUAUCAUGGAUUAAUCUGGUAAUUUAAAUUCUAGUGGUUUCUGUUUUCGUCAUUUUUUCUAGUUCAUAUAUAAAAGGAAGAUUACAUGAUAA